AUGGAUGAUGAGCUUUUGGCCACAUGGGCCCGCUUAUUGCCGGAGGAGCGGGGCAAACUCCUCCGGCUCGAGGAUCCAGAAUGUGUUCGCUUAAUUGAUGUUGGCAUGCGAAUGUUAUGGACGGCUGAGCUGCAAGCGCGGCAGUUCGGCGUCCGUGGGUCCACGGACCCCUUAGACAAUGCCCAGCUGCCCCUGCUGGCCACCAUGCAAUUUGACGGCUUCACAAACCAAGGCGAGAAGGUCUUCAAGCUGGUAAAGUGGCCGAAGGAGUACCACGAGGACCCCAUGGUCCUUGCGAGUGCACUGAGGCUCUCAUUGCAGGCCGGGGCGGGCAACAAGCGGCGCCAGCCCGCGGCAAUCAAGCCGAGCAGGUGGUACCAGCUCCUCUCCCCUCCAGCACAGUCUUGGGCUGGCUUCGAGAUCCAACUCGCACAGCUCGUGGAGCAGCUCAUCCUCCGUGCUCGAGAGGCCGCGGAGGCCCCUUCCGUGGCCCUGCCCGAGGGGCGAGAGGAGGUGUGGGCAUCUUGGGAUGCCCAGAAGACAACCUGCGAUGCCGUCUCCGUGGCGCAGGCUCAUCAAUCGGACCUGAGGAUGACAAAGGGACCGAGUACAAGGUCUCUCGUGAUGGGCCGGCGAGAUGGACUGUGGAAACUUGCCGUCCAGACGGCCGGCGGAAAAUCCGAGUACCACUGGCACGCAGUAGCCGAGCAGAAGACGCGCGAGAAGCACUUUGCUGUGAAGGAGCCUCGUGACAAGGAUGCUGGCAGUCCCAAGGAUCGCCAGGUCACAACACAGACCAAGGAUAUGGCAUCGCAGACCGAAUCCCUUCGGCCAGCAGUGGAGAUGAUUGUGCGCAUCACCGGCAAGUGGAAGGAUGAGAGUGGCAGCCGCUACGAAGUGGUACCAGACUCUGACUCCACAUGCACAGUGGUGACCACACGUCCGACCGGGAGAGUUCUCCGAACAGAGGGGCUAAUCCAGUACAACGCAGAGGAGUGCUGUAUCUACUGGGGGAGCAAGUUUCGCCUAGAGCUGAAGGAUAGCCAGAGCUGCGUCUGGGUUCCCCUGCGCAGUGGCAAGUCCUUCUGCUGGGAGGCCGACAGUCCCCGACCGGUGGUGAUGCACACGAGCACUUUGCCAACAGCACGGAACAUAGUGGAGGCAUCUGCCCAGUUGCAAGACCUCCUAGGCAUCUCAAAAUCUUCUGGGAACAGCCGCGGUGCCCUCCAGAAGCGGAUCUACAACCGCCCGCUGAUUUCGAGGUCCACGGAGGAGGCAGAGGAGGCAGAGGAGAAGGAGGAGCAGGGCCAAUCUGGCGGUGCCCGCGCCGCGAAGCGGGCGCGCCAGCGGGAACGGCGGAAGCUGGGAAAGGUCCGAGGCUGCUGGCUGGCCGCGAUUGUGGCGAGCGCCGGGGCUGACGCGUCAGACCUCGAAUUCUCGGAGGUGCUCCAGGAGGUUGCGAAGCGGCCACCGGCCCUGGCUAAUGUUCGACGAGCUGCGAGAAGACAUGAUGCAGUGCAAGAGCAGUGCGACCUGCUGCGGGUUCCGGCGCAGCGCUUCCGCUCCUGGGCUGAGGUGGCUGCAUCCUUGAAGCGGCACGAAAGGCCUGUGAUCAUCAGUGGCCUCUCCAGCCUACCAGUGCUGAACCUGGACGAGCACGUUGACGAGGACUAUCCCAUCAACAACGGUCAAUUUGGACCCGGGAAGGCUAUGCGCAGCAUCCCUCUGGAGCGAUAUUUACGAGGGAAUGCCUCCAGUUUCCACAUCUUCGCGAUUAACAGGCCACAGCACGGCCUGCACCUGGAACCGUUCUUGCUCGAUCAGGCCCGCGCUCGUGCCGCGGCAGCGGUGGGCGAGGGGCUGGCCGAUCUCGCUGCGCGCUGGGUUUUCUCCCUCGGAUUGCAGGCUUCCAGCGUGAACCGGCAUUCACAUGAAGAGUCCUGGCUGAUCCUUUUCCGUGGUCGGAAAGCCUGGUGGAUCGGCUCGGGCACGGACAGCUUCCGCGGAUGGGAGGAUCCCUGCGGCGCGCUGGGCACAGCGCCACCUCCAGGCGUUGAAUUCUGCGUGCAGCGGCCCGGUGAGGUCGUGUACAUCGGUACACAUGUAGAUCACGCGACUUGCAACAUGGACCCCCUGGUCCUUGGUGUUGGCGGCCAAGGCUCUCGGGCCGAUUGGCCUCCGGUCGUCAAAGCUGUGCAAGACGGCGAUGUCGAAGCCCUUCAGAAGCUACUUCCUGUCGGUGAUCUUCGAGCAGCUCUUCGCGCACGCACGUCGCGAGGGCACUCGGCUCUCCACGUGGCGGCUGCCUUCGGCCGUGACAGCUCCGUUGCGGAGCUCUUAGCGAGGCGAGCAAAUAUCAAGCACAGAGAUGCAGCAGGGCUGACGGCGCUCCACGCUGCUUCGGACGCUGGCCACCUGGGGGCGGCUAGGCUGCUGCUCCGUAGCCGUGCUGAUGCUCUUGCGCGCGAUCGGCAGGGCAAGCAGUGCCCCUCCACAAAGCGGCAGCUGCAGGUCACGCCGCAUUGGUCUCCCUGCUUCUUUCGCAUGCCAACGUCACGGCUUCCUCAAGGUCGCAGGAGCAGCCUCUACACGUUGGGGCGGGACACUGCAGGGUCGUGCAGCUGCUCCUCCAUGCACGGGCGGAUUCGUCCGCAAGGGACAGGGAAGGCGUGCAGCCGCUGCAUUGGGCCGCGGCCUCCGGCAGCGUCUGCGCUCUGCGGCGGCUCCUGA